AUGGACAACCUUCCACCGGAAGUGCAGAAUUUUUUGGCGUCCGCCUUCGGCAUUCUUUCGGUCACGCAACUUACUCAGAUGGCCAAUCGUCUUAUGGAGAUGCACGGCUUUUCCAUGCCGUCACUUUUAGCACUUCCAACUCAUCCUACGUCUCCCCUUUCGCAGUUGGAGAUCGAGCUCAGCAAACUGGCCAGCGAUAUAGCUUCACUCCAGAAGCAGACAGUCUCUCCCUCAUCUCGGAGCCAACCGAAGCCGUCCAUCCCGCAUCUCCAGUCUUUACAUUCAGCCCGUCCAAACGCAGCUGCCAUCUGCUGGUACCAUACCACCUUUGGUGUUAAAGCUCGUCGCUGCAUCUCUUCCUGCUCCUUCACCCCCAAGCGCAGCAAACGGGUAAAACCGGUCAGCCCGAAGGCCAGUGCAGCCAAUCUUCCCGACAGCUCUAACUCUGGUCGCACCUUCUACGGUUGCAACACUGCGACUCGCAGUUGUUUCCUGGUGGACACUGGAGCCAAAAUCAGCGUUGUUCCCCCAACUGCAGCUGAUCGUCGCUUUCCUAGCCCUGGUCUUCACCUCCAAGCCACCAACUGUUCCCUCAUUUCCAGUUUUGGCAGUCUGUCCCUCAACCUGAACAUUGGCCUCCGUCGGUCAUUCUCAUGGAUCUUUGUGAUUGCUGAUGUCAGUCAUGCAAUUCUCGGUUCGGACUUUCUUGCCGAGUUCGAUCUCCUUGUCGACUGCCGACGUGCCCGUCUCCUCGAGCGCACAGCCGGUCUGUUUGUUCGUGGACUAACUCCCCUUACUGCCCUCACCAACUUAUCUGUCUUAAAAAGGAUAUUGCUAGCCCAUUUCGGCAACUGCUUCUUAAUCACCCCAACAUAA